UACCUGCACAGCUGGGAGUACAGGCAUCCAGAGGCUUUUGCGGGGAAGAGAGUGGUUGUGAUUGGCAUCGGGAACUCUGGAGCGGAUGUGGCUGGCGAGAUCAGUCGUGUUGCUGAGCAGGUUUUCCUCAGCACGAGACGAGGCGCGUGGAUUUGGAACCGGGUGUGGGAUGACGGCAACCCCAUGGACACCGCCCUCUUCACCCGGUACAAUAGUGCACUCCAAAAACUACUGCCCUCAUUCCUCAUCAACAGGUGGGCAGAGAAGAAACUGAACGCAAGGUUCAACCAUGCCAACUACGGGCUGCAGGCUGCACACAGAUUUCUCAGCCAUCAGUCUACUUUUGCUGACGACCUGCCAAAUCACAUAAUCACAGGAAGAGUGCGGAUGAAACCAAACGUCAAGGAGUUCACCGAGACGUCCGCCAUCUUUGAGGAUGGCACUGAAGAGGAGGUUGACACUGUCCUCUUUGCCACAGGAUACACCUGCUCUUUCCCCUUCUUGGAGGAUGACUUAGCAAUCCUGGAGAGCCAGCAUUCCAUGUAUAAGUUUGUCUUCCCUCCUCAGCUGGAGAAGCCAACGCUGGCUUUCAUUGGCCUCCUGCAGCCCGUGGGGGCCCUCAUCCCCACAGCAGAACUCCAGAGCCGAUGGGUUGUGCGCGUGUUCCAAGGACUGAAAAACUUGCCCUCAGAGGCUGACAUGCUGGCUGAGAUCAACAGAAGGAAAAGGAGAAUGGCCAAAGAGUUUGUGGAGAGCCCAAGAGAUGCAUCUCGAGUGUACUACAUCGACUACAUGGAUGAGAUUGCUGCUGAGCUAGGCGUCAAACCCAACCUGCUCUCCCUCUUCCUCUGGGAUGCCAAGCUAGCCAGAGAGGUUUUCUAUGGGCCCUGCACCUCAUACCAGUACCGCCUACAGGGGCCCGGCAAGUGGACCGGGGCCCGGGCAGCCAUCCUCACCCAGAGAGCCCGGAUCCUCAAGCCCCUGAGAACACGUGUGCUCCAGCACUCUGGCUCCCGUUCCUCUAGGUGGCUUUGGGUCACAAGAGUCUGUGCUGUCAUCUCUCUCUCUGCUUCCAUGGUCAUCAUCUUGCAGAUGACCRGUCAUUAA